AUGAGCGCGAAGCUUGCCAAUUUAGACGCUUACUGGGCUGCGAGGAACGCAGGAUACCCUAUUUUUAUCAACGGUGGUCAGGAUGAACCCUCACGGCAGAACUUGAUUCAAACAUGGCGGCUGUCGGUCAAUCUUCCUCGUGCGCUAUUGCGAAUGGUCAACCAGGGAAUCGCAUAUCUUUUGAUGAUUGCGGUGAUGACGAUGAACGUUGGAUUCUUCUUCGCAGUGCUUGUCGGGUAUUUUGUCGGUGAACUCAUUUCUGGUCGAGUCAGUCGGGCUGAUUAUGGGAGUUGA